AUGCGCAAUAUUUUUGCUCAGAAGUCACGAGUCUUAUCAAGUAAUCAGUGGAAAAGUCAAGAAGCUGAAAAUUGUCCUUCAGUUGAAUGCUCCUUUAAUGAUAAAACGUUGUGCAACUAUGCAGAGAAUCCACUCGACGAAGAUGUCGACCUUGCGCUAGGUCUUCCAGUCGGUACUGUAAUUCUGGGCUGGUCAGUUUCAAAAGACAAAAUUGGGAACAGCUUAACUGGUAUAACCCAGGAUGCUGGCCAAGAUGGAUAUUUCGCGUAUGCUGGAGAAACUACAAACUCGCGCGCCGUCUUCCUUCUGUCCAGUGCUCAUGCCUUUACUGUAUUGGAGGAAGUAGCUUUGAAAUUCAAAUACCACUUAAGUGGAAAGCAUGGCAGACUUCGGGUCUGCCUUGAUACUGCCCGGAUGUGUCCUUUCGAACUUUCCGGUGCUAACGUGGAGUUACCGCGCCGCAUAUGGAAAGAUGCUAAGAUUGCUAUACCCAAAGGAACUCAUUUAGUAAGCUGA